AUGGAAACCGACGAAAAUGGAGAUACCCUGUCUAUCAUCUCUGUGUAUUCUGCUGCGCCUGACGCUCUAAAAGAGGCGUGUUCUGACCUCGAGAACGAGAUUGAGUGCCUCAUGGCGUUGAGCCCUUUGAUAGAUGAAAGUUUCCAGAGUAAAGGCGAAAAGAAUGCCCAGGUGGCGAAAAAACAACAAGCCAAGACCUUGCCUGAGAAAAGCAAAGUAGGAGAUGCUAUAUGCAAAGAAGUCUCCCCGUUGAAAGACCUGGAAGCCGAUGGACGGAAGAUUUCUCGGAAGAGACCUUUGGAAUCUGACGAGGGCCCCAAUGAGACGGAAAAUGCGGUUACCUCUGAACAGCAAGAUACAGAUACAAGCUUACUCGACUUACACUCAGCUACUUCAUCGUUGACUAUCGCGGAUGAUAUCGACAUUUCCAAGCAUCCUCUUUCAAAAUGGGCGUACUAUUUCCCUCGGGAAGAAAAUGACAUGGAAAUGGCAGAUAUGAUGCACGACAUGACGAUGCGUUUGCGCAACCAGGAACUUACCCUAGCUCCCUUGUCUUCUGAAUCUACGAAGAGAAUCCUUGACUUGGUUGCUGACCAAUAUCCAUCAACGACUGUCUUGGGCUGGGAUGUCGCCAGCGUGCAACUGCCCAAAUGUGUCCCGCCCAACCUGUGGUGGGAGAUCCAAGACUUCGAGACAGAGUGGGACUAUGAAGAUGUGGUUAGUGAUCCAUUCGACUUCAUCCAUGGAUCUGAAAUCAUGCUGGCUGUGAAGAACCGAGACGCAUUAUUUGAACGAGCUCUGAAGUAUCUGAAACCCGGCGGAUGGUUCGAGUUGAAGUUUCUUGACUACACAGUUCACAGUGACCACGCAGAAAUCGACAUCGAUUCUCCGCUUAUACGGAUAUGGCAUGAAUUAGAGCGAGCCCUUGGGGCGCAUGGAGUGGACACGGCGAUUACGAGCAGAGGAAAAGUGGCAGAUUUACUCAAGAAUCAAGGAUUCAGCGACAUUCGAGAGAUGGAGUACAGAGUGCCACUCGGAACAUGGGCCAAGGGAGAGAAGUGGAAGUAUAUCGGCCUCGAGGCACAAACGAUAUUCUACGACAAUCUUUCCUCGCUUCUUACAACACCCUUGCUUGGAACUUCAUCCUGGACUGACCAGACAUCGAUUGAUCAAUUGAUAUCAUCCGUUAAGGGCGCGAUGAAGUCUAGGGGACUCAUCGGAAGCAGACUUCAUAUAUACUAUAGAGUCGUUUGUGGACAGAAGCCUGCUCCCAAUGAAGAAGCUCCAGCCUUUGACAACGAACAAAAACAGUAG